GACGCUCGCCGCUCCACUUCCACCAUCUCACAGCUGUGGAGAACAUCUCCAGGACGAGAUGAUGAUGCCCGCGACCUUCCAGACUUUUCCUUCCCGUUGCGCAGAUCCCCUCGGAGAGCCGUGAAAGUCCCAGGAAUGUUGAUUUGGAUCUUGCCCACAAAGGAGCACCAGUGAUUUAAAAAAAAAAAAAAAAAAGAAAGAAAAGAAAUAAAGACGCAAAAAGGUCCCGAAUCAAGUCCGGACAGUUCCCUCUCCGGAGGGCGCAGGCGAGUCGGGAUGCGUGUUCAUCAACCGUCAGCGCGGUGAUGGACUUUCCUGGUGGAGGUCAGCCCGAGACAAACGCCACACAGCUAAAUCUGGAUUAGCUGGCCCGAACGUGUCUCAAUGCUCCUCCACAUUCUAAAAUGAAGUUAUGGAAAAGUGCUACUUUUGCCUUCAUGCUCUGUGGCGCCGCCCUGUCUGUCAUCCUCGUUAGAAACAUGGCCACCACCGCCACGGGACCCCCCAAACCAAAGACCCAACACCAGGCCUCAUAUUCUUCCUCAUCCUCUUCGCGCCAUUCAUCCUCCUCAGGAUCCUCUUCCUCCUCGCCCACGACCACCUUGAACAAGGGUCUUCAUCGGAGGACACGCUCAGCAAACAACAUGAACUCUCUACUCUCAGAGUUAUCCAUGAUGUUCCAGAGCUUCACAGAAGGCGAGCUUCAGGACGUGGUGGGGACUUUACUGGACGGGAAGAGGCGGAGAAGCCGCGAUCAAAGCCAGACCCGAAGGACUAAAAGAGCCCGGCGGGCAAAGCCGUGCACAGUGAGGCAGCUGGAGCUGACGGUGAGCGAGCUGGGCCUGGGCUACGACAGCGACGAGACGGUGAUGCUGCGCUACUGCAGCGGCAAGUGCACGACGCAGAGGCGCAACUACGACAUCACCAUGGAGCACAUGAUGAGGACAGGCUUCCGGAAGAAGGGCCGCAAGGACAAAGUGGGCAACGGCCCCUGCUGCCGGCCCACCGCCUUCGAGAAAGACUUCUCCUUCCUGGACAACCGGAGCCGCUACCACACCAUACAGAACAUUUCGGCCAAGAACUGCGGCUGCGUAUGACCCCGCCUGGGGAAAGAAUCACUUCUUUCAUGCUGCUCUAGAUCUUCCGACACGGAAAACUACGCAAUACAAACCCGAGAUCAGGAAUAUGUUCAGAAGGAUAACGAGUCAACAGACACACGGACAAACAGUGACCGGCGUCGGCAUUUUUGUAUUCUCUUUUCUAUCUGUGUAGUAACACUGUAAACAGUGGUGUCACAGCUAUGUAGCGACAUGACGUGCGUGAUGUGUUGCCGUAGUACCGUGUGACCGUGUGACUGAUGCUGAGUCACGGCCCGAGUCGUCCGACGCCCUCACGACAAAUAUCUUUCGCGACAUUGUCCCCGAGCAGGCAGAAAAGCCGUGGCAGAUUUGGACCACACACAAU